UCACUGGAUAUUGUCAUUCGAGAAAAAUUUCUCAAUCAAUUGGAUCGUUCUAAUUUAUUUAUAUCAACUUUUUAACUUAUUCUCUUUGCAAAAUCGUUCCGUAAGCGAUGGCACUCUUUAGCGAAGUUUUGCCGGUCAUGCGUGGCACAUUUGGAAGUCAAAUACGCCGCAUCCACUUAUCAGCGACCAGCAAUGCCGCUCCCAAGAUGAAAACGUUCAAAAUUUACCGCUGGAACCCCGACAAACCACAAGAGAAGCCCAAAUUGCAGGAAUAUCAAGUGGAUCUCAACACAUGCGGUCCCAUGGUGUUGGAUGCCUUGAUUAAGAUCAAAACGGAGCAAGAUCCGACCUUGACCUUCCGUCGUUCGUGUCGCGAAGGCAUUUGUGGAAGUUGUGCGAUGAACAUCCACGGCACCAACACGCUCGCCUGCAUCAGCAAGAUCGACAAAGACAACUUGUCGAAACCCACGCAAAUUUACCCCUUGCCCCACAUGUAUGUCGUCAAGGACUUGAUUCCGGACAUGACGAACUUUUAUCGGCAAUAUCGCUCCAUCGAGCCGUGGUUACAGCGCAAAAAUGAGGCCAACGAGGAAAAGGGCAAGGCGCAAUAUUUGCAAUCGACGGAGGAUCGCGCCAAGUUGGAUGGCUUGUAUGAGUGCAUUUUGUGUGCAUGUUGCUCGACAUCGUGUCCCUCGUACUGGUGGAAUGGCGACAAGUAUCUCGGACCUGCAGUAUUGAUGCAAGCGUACCGCUGGAUCAUCGAUUCCCGUGACGAGUUCAGCGAGAAGCGUUUGAGCACGUUGGAGGACAAAUUCAGCGUGUAUCGGUGCCACACCAUCAUGAAUUGUACAAAGACGUGCCCGAAGGGUCUCAAUCCGGCACGCGCCGUCGCCGAAAUCAAGCUUCUCAUGGCUGGCAUGCACAAAAAGGGCAAACCCGAGAUGGAUACCGCAGCUUUGCAUAAUGCCGCCAAGUAGAAAAUUCAACGAAAAAUGUCCCCCCGUUUUUUGUAAUUUUUUUCCUAAAACAAACUAAAUACCUAUUAGCAGGAAAUUUAAAAAUAUUUAAUAAAAAACAAUGAAAUACAUAAAAAUAAGAGAAAAAUGCGUGAGUAAGAUCCCCGAGCGAACGUAAGAUAUUACAAAAAAAAAUGUGCGUCACACACGAUCUAGACUAUUUUUAGAAGUUGGAUAAAAAUUAUUUCUGAGCACGAUUCAAAUAAUAUUAAAACAAAAAUAAAUUGAUUAUGAAAAAUAGAGAAU